CCGCGGGCCAUGACGGCGGGCGGCCGGGCCGAGGGCGCGGAGCCCGACGCGGCGCGGCCGGCCUCGCGGGGCGCCCGGGUGCUGUCGGCGCUCUUCUACGGCKCCUGCUCCUUCCUCCUGGUGCUGGUCAACAAGGCGCUGCUGACCGCCUACGGUUUCCCAUCACCAAUUGUUCUUGGAAUUGGUCAGAUGGCAGCCACCAUCAUGAUACUGUAUGUUUCCAAGCUCAAUAACAUAAUUAAUUUCCCUGAUUUUGACAAGAAAAUUCCUGUAAAGCUGUUCCCUUUGCCUCUCCUCUACGUCGGAAACCACCUCAGUGGAUUAUCAGGCACAAGUAAAUUAAGCCUGCCCAUGUUCACGGUGCUCAGGAAGUUCACCAUUCCGCUCACCCUGCUCCUGGAGACCGUCGUCCUCGGGAAACAGUACUCGUUGGGCAUUGUGGCCAGUGUCUUUGCCAUCAUCCUGGGCGCUUUCAUAGCAGCUGGGUCUGACCUUGCUUUUAACCUGGAAGGCUACGCCAUUGUGUUCCUAAAUGAUAUCUUCACGGCAGCAAAUGGAGUCUAUACCAAGCAGAAAAUGGACCCAAAGGAACUAGGGAAAUAUGGGGUGCUUUUCUAUAAUGCCUGCUUCAUGAUCAUUCCAACUCUUAUUAUUAGUGUCUCCACCGGAGACCUUCAGCAGGCUACUGAGUUCAACCAGUGGAAGAAUGUCCUGUUUGUCCUGCAGUUUCUUCUUUCCUGUUUUUUGGGGUUCCUCCUGAUGUACUCCACGGUUCUGUGCAGCUAUUACAACUCAGCCCUGACCACGGCGGUGGUUGGUGCCAUCAAGUGUCAGCGACCGCUGGUGCAGCACCUUGGUUUCCCAGCUUUCAGUAUUCACUGUUUCUCCUCCAGCAUGGCGGGUGGCCUGAGGUACUCCUUCCUGACACUCAGCGGCCAGUUGARACCUAAACAGCCCGUGGAUGAAGAAAGCACCCCCCCUGGAUUUGAAACCCUAGAGUCUGGGGCAGGAUGCAGACUGGGGGCCUGGGGAGGGCAUUCCUAGCAGGGCAGCGAGACCAGAAGUUUCCUGCGGGGACGUCCACCCGUGGUCAAAGGGCACCCACAGGAACGUCUGCAAAAUGCAAAGACCGCUACCUCAACGCACUGCGCCUGGAGCCCUGGAGCCYUGGAGCCCUGGGGCUCUGCACAGAACCUGAGCAGCUGGCAGCGGGCCGCGCAGACCGGCCAGUGAGACUUGUGCAGGGACACCAGYGCUCCUCRCGGGUCGGCUGCCCUUCCCUGCCCUGGGUCUUGGAGGGCSGGAGGGCGACACUCAGUGGUGACUUUCCUUACCAGCACCUUUGCCUUAAUUUCAAGGGUCAGUGAGACCUUUUUUUUUUCCCUCUUAGUUUAAGCAAAUCUACUUUAAUAAAACUACCCRAUGAACUGCCAGGAAAAUCGUUAGCUUUGAUUGAAGCUGUGCUGGGGUCUUUUCCAUCUUAUCAAAAUAAAAUAAAAAGCCAUUUCUAUGUA